GCUCCUAUUGGCUAGUGGGCUGGAGGCGAUGGCGGCGGGGCUGUCGGUUCGGUCCGGGCCGCUCGAGCUUUUCGUCCGGGACCGCGGGUGGCUCCGGGUCGUGGCCGAGCUGCGAGCUGAUGGCUUGAAGCUGACCAGCGAGGACUCGGAGAAUGGGGACUGGGACGGUCUGUCCAAUGGUUCCCCGCGGCCACGGAGCUCCAGCCCGGGUCCAGUCCACAUGAGCCCGGCGGGGCCUGGAUCCGGGAGUUCGGGCCGAGGUGCCGCGGAUCUUGUACCUCCGGAGAUCGGCAGUCCGAAACCGAGCCCGGGGCUGACCGAGCAGGUCCGUACCGUGAGGGUGGUGAAGCAGGAAGCCGGUGGCCUUGGUAUCAGCAUCAAGGGCGGCCGCGAAAACCGAAUGCCCAUCCUCAUCUCCAAGAUUUUCCGGGGCCUCGCGGCCGAGCGCACCGGCGCCUUAUUCGUGGGAGAUGCCAUCCUGACGGUGAACGGAAGUGACCUCCGGGCGGCGACACACGACCAGGCCGUACAGGCCCUGAAGAAGGCUGGAAGGGAGGUGACCCUGGAGGUCACUUAUAUCCAGGAAGUGAUGCCAUACUUGAAAAAGCCCUCAUUGAUAGCAGACCUGGCAUGGGAUAGUCUACCUCCUCAUUCUCCAUAUCUCGGAGCUGCUGGCUCCAGUUCUCCAAAUCACAGUGCCAAAGACAGCAAGAUUUUUCCGCUGAAGAUGUGCUACAUCACAAGGAGUCUGAGCAUGCCUAAUCCAGAGAGCAGGUUAUUUGAACUGCACUCCCCUGAUGGCAGGCAUGUAAUCAUUCUGCGGAGCAAGGAUGCUGUUGCUACACAUGCUUGGUUCACAGCCAUUCACACGACUAUCACGGCGCUGAUCCCUCAGGCACUGUUGGAGCUGAAUGGGCUGCUUAACCCAAGUGGCAGGGCCAUACAGCAUAUUGGCUGGCUGGCUGAGCAGCAGAAAGUUGAAGGUGGAAGGCAGCACUGGAAGCCGGUGGUGGUCGUCCUUACUGAUAAAGACAUGCUGCUUUACAACAGCGUCCCAUGGAACAGAGACCUGUGGUCAUCGCCCACUCAGAGUCACCCACUGCUAGCAACCAGGUUGGUUCACUCAGGGUCAGCACGAGGAUCCCCAAGCAUUAGUUCCGAUCUAUCAUUUGCGACAAGAACUGGGUCACGACAAGGCAUUGAAAUGCAUGUUUUCCGUGUGGAGACUCACCGGGAUCUGUCAACAUGGACACGGAUGCUUGUCCAAGGCUGCCAUAGUGCUUCGGAGCUGAUUAAAGAGGUGACGUUGGCAGGAUGUACUUGGAAUGGACAGGACGUAAAACUGGUCAUUCAUUAUGAAAGUGGUUUUGUGAUGUCCCACAACAACUCGACUGGAGGUUCAUCCAGCCCCCUUUUCCAGUAUCCAUUUGAAAGAUUGAAAAUGUCGGCUGAUGAUGGGAUCAGGAUGCUUUAUUUGGACUUUGGGGGGCCAGAAGGAGAGCUGCAUCUGGAUUUGCAUUCGUGUCCAAAGCCUGCUGUCUUUGUUAUACAUUCAUUUCUCUCAGCCAAAGUGACCCGGAUGGGACUGCUAGUGUGAAUAAUGAAGUGCCAGGAAAAAUCUUUGGAUUCAUGCAUUCAUCAAAACCAAAGACCAUUGCUGCAUCUUGGAAAAUGUAACCUGCAAAAGCAAAAAGAUCAGGCCUGGUGGGAGGCCAGAGCUCUUGUUAGAAUGGGAGGAAUCUAAUGUAUGUUAUUCAGCGUCACAUUGUGAAACAGAGAUCUCCCAAUAUUGCUGUUUGUUGCCAAAUGUGCCUUUUUAUUAUUCUGGAACUUCACAAUUUUUUGAUUGUUUUUACUGUGAAGAUAACAGUUUUAAUUUUGGAGCAUAUAGUUUUGUAAUUUGAUUUAAAAGAUCUUGGUAACAAAUGAUGCUAGCUGGUUCUGGUGUUAUUCCUGUAAUUGGUGUAAUAUCUUCCAAUCCUGGGGCAGCAUUCCUCCCACUUUUGCAGUUGGAACAGGAGGACUGAAAUGAGCACAGUAUUGUCACUUAAACCAGCAAACUAGGUAAGUGACCUGAAACUGUUCCUUUAAUUAUGUUAUUCUAAAACUUUGUGCUAAAGUACUGUACAUAUCUAUGCUUGCAGCAGACCAGUGCCACUGGGAAGGAAGGUCUUUUGGAUAAUUAAACUUGUCCAAAUGAACUUGUUUUUAUCUACACAUUGAGUAAAACAGUGAAAUUACUCAGGCAGCCUUGAGCCUCCAUGUGGUCCUCAAUGUUUCCUUACAUUUACAUAAUGAAUCUGGACUCUCUGUACUGUCACACUGUAGAAGGCAUGGUCUCAUAAGUCCGCUAGCCAAUUUUGGCCAUUGAAAAUGAAUAUAGUGGGAGAGACAUGAAACCAGUUGUGCAGGCUGUUCUGCCCACUGGGUUGGGCGAGAAAGCCUUACACCCAUUUUUAAAAAAAAACCCACAUCUGCAACACCAUUAAUAUCUUCUACAAACUUCCCCUCCUUUUCUGACUACAAUCUCUGCCUGUGACUAGCUCUUUGCCAUGGUGUGGAUGGCCAAUAGCUACCAAAUAUUGAUGGGUCAAAGAUGCAAAUAGUAUCUAUGAUAUAAUGGUAACUUUCCCCACCUAGUGGGCGGCAUGGUGGCUCAGUGGUUAACACUGCUGCCUCACAGUGCCAGAGACCUGAGUUCAAUUCCAGC